AUGUGCCGUACAAUAUCCUUCAAAUUACCCUGCGAGCACAUUCAGACUGAAGUCGAAUACUGCUUCAAGGCGUCGGCAUCCUCUGGAAAGGAUACCUCCAAGCGCAAAAUCUGCAGCGACGUCGCCCAACAAAACAUACCGUACCCUCCUCCUCCAGGCUACGACCAGAGAGCCGUGCCGAAGUGCCCUCUGGCAGACUGUCCAUAUGAGAGCCGCAAUCGGUGUUGGAACUGCUGUUGGUGUGGAAAGGGUUGGAACGAGGGUGGCAGGUGCAGCUGUGUCAUGAUCGUUAACGGAAAUGAGUACCGCUGCGAGCACAUUUGCUGCUUCACGUGUACUGCCGCCACGGAUGGAUGA